UUGUUUGAAUUGUACUAACUAAGUUUAUAAUGGAGUACUCGGUAUACCUUUCCAUCCUUGCAGCAUUUGUCAUAGUGUUUGAGGGGAAAAGCUAUGGUGAAGCUGUGCUCACUAAUACCAAAACUUCCGCGAAUUUAACUAUCGAUAGAAAGGGUGAUUUGAAAGAAAUUUUAAUCAAUCAGGAUUUGACUCAGAAAAUACAACUCGUGCAAAAUGUCAUGCAAGUUAUGAACGAUGUUCAAAUAUUAAAAAAUCAUGUUCAGCGUCUGGAAACGGAAAAUUCUUAUCUCAAGAGAGAAAUUAAAAACAAAACACACCGUUGCACCCGAACACUGGAAUGCCUGAAUCAGAAAACACAUGUUGCGUUUUAUGCAUACUAUUCUUACAACUUUAAAGCUCCACCCAUUGGAACGACUUUAAUCUUUGAUUCAGUGGAGACAAACCUUGGAAGUGGCUACAAUAAAAGAACCGGGAUAUUCACGGCCCCAACUUCCGGCGUCUAUGCCUUCACUUGGACAUUGCACGCAGCGGGAUUACAUGUCGCUGGGUCAUCUGGGAGCAACU